ACGAGCCAAGAAUAGUAUCUUGCUGCAUGAGUCAGUUUAGGAAACAAUCGCAUAUAGGAAGUCUAGAGGUCACUGCCGUAUUUGAUCUGAUACUAUAUCUUUACUCAAUCUAGACUUGAUCCUGAUCACGGUUCAUUUUUCACCACUCUGCUCUGCUCGUCCGCAUAUUGUGCAUCCACAAAGCCUCUUGUACUCUGCGACAACAAGCUCCAUAGUAGUUAGGACACAUUCCGCUAAUCACAAUGGUCGACCACGACGCCGUCGCCCAACAAUCUCAUGCCGAGGCCCCCGAAGAUGCUACUACAUUACGCAACGGAGUCAUCGCAGCAACGGCAGAAAUGUACUCCACGGACGACCCCGCAGCCACAACCAUAUGGUCAUACAUGCUCGGCGAGCUGUCUGCACAUGACGUCGUGCAGACCCUUGCCGACCCGGUCGACCAAGCCUACACGAGCGCAGACUUCGGCUGGAGACUAUGGGAGAUGCAGCAAAUCGCACGGCAGCAGAGAGAAGCCUGGAGCGCCGAGGAGUGGGACAGGAUCUGGGGUCCACUCGGCGAUGGUGUGCCCCAACCCGAAGGCAAGAGAGAGGAUCGGCUGUCGGCGGAAGGCGAGCUCUGGGAACUCUGGGGCGGCGUCUUGCUCGCUGGGAGAAGGACGUCCUGGCGUGAUGAAGCCGGACAGAAUCGGCUUGUUGAUCUUUGUAAGGCGUUCAAGGCUCGUCCGGACCCGCCGUUACCGGCGAAAGCGACGAAGGCGCUUCGAAAUAACUGGAUCUGGAAGAGUGGGAGGUUGUGGAGUGAGCUCAGUAUGCUGGGGCCCAGCGCUCGCGAGCAUUGGAACGACGCGCCAAGGGAAAGCGGCGGCUUCUCCGUUGCAGAGGUCGAAAGUUGGCUUAAUGUUAACGCCUUUGCCGCACGGCUGAGUGUGGCCGAGGUGUUCGACUUUUCGAACUACGGUAUUUGGGCGUUGCGGGAGGCGCUUGAGGAGGAGCCUGGAGGGAGCAAUCACGCUUCGAAGUCGGAGAAGCUGGGGGUUUCGAUCCGUGAGGCGGCGGUAUGGGUGAGUAUUGCAGGCCGGCUGAUGUGGGAGAAGGUUGUGCGGGAUGAUGAUGGUGAGCCGCCAGUAACGGUGGAUGCUGCGACCUUGCCCUCCGAUUUGCCUUGGUCUGUUAAGUCUCGCGGGCAGGAUACCAGGGACUAUACGCCGUCUCGGUGGCGAUUCUGGAAGGCGCGCUUUCGAGUCCUCUCCGAGCGAGAGACGCUGUCCGACCAGGCGAAGUUGGCUGCGAAGGAUGCCGCAGAGUUGAUGAGCGAGAUCGAGCGAGAGAAGCCGCUCUCUGGGCAUUCAUAAUGGAGCCGUAUCGCUGUCAGACGCAGUCGCA